CUUGGUACAAGCUUACCGGGCCAGGAUGGGGGGUAUAGGCGCCAAGCGCUCCAAGAAGAGCAAGAGCAAGCGGCAAACGCUGAAACAGAAGUACAAGGUGCUGCGCAAGGUCAAGGAGCACCACCGCAAGAAGCGGCGGGCGGACAAGAAGCUCGGCAUCAAGCCCAAGGAGCCCAAGGAUCCGGGCAUCCCCAACGCAUGGCCCUUCAAGGAGGAGCUGAUUGCGCAGCUCAAGGCGCAGAAGGAGCGGGCGGUGGCCAAGGAGCAGAUGCUGCGUGAGCAGCGCAAGGCCCAGAGGCAGCAGCAGGCCGCCAUGGAGCAGGACGGUGACGGUCAGCAGCUGGAGGCGCUGCAGCGGCAGGCGGCCAAGCGGGGGCGGGAGUAUGAGAAGGAGGCCGCCAAGGCGCCCGCCCCGGGCACCCCCGCCUUCGUGGACUACUCCCGCCGCGCCUUUUACAAGGAGUUUGUCAAGGUGGUGGAGGCCAGCGAUGUGCUGAUCGAGGUGCUGGAUGCGCGCGACCCGCUGGGCUGCCGCUGCCUGGAUGUGGAGCGCUUUGUGCGCAAGCUGGAUCCCUCCAAAAAGAUUGUGCUGCUGCUGAACAAGAUCGACCUGGUGCCGCGCGAGGUGGUGGAGCAGUGGAUCAAAUACUUCCGAGAGGAGCUGCCCUCGGUGGCGUUCAAGUGUAGCACGCAGAAGCAGGCGGCCAACCUGGGGCGGCGCCAGCUGGCGGCGCCCGUCGACGCGGCGGUGCGCGGCAGCGAGUGCCUGGGCGCCGACGCGCUGCUGCAGCUGCUCAAGAACUACGCGCGCAGCGCCGACAUCAAGCGGGCGAUCACGGUGGGGGUGGUGGGGCUGCCCAACGUCGGCAAGUCGAGCGUGAUCAACUCGCUCAAGCGCACGCGCGUGGCGCAGGUGGGUGGCAACACGCCGGGCGUGACCAAGGCGGUGCAGGAGGUGCACCUGGACAAGCAGGUCACGCUGCUGGACUCGCCGGGCGUGGUGUUUGCGCACGCGGGCGCCCAGGGCACGGCGGUGGCGGCGCUGCGCAACGCGGUCAAGGCGGAGCAGCUGGAGGACCCCACGCUGCCGGUUGAGGAGAUUGUGCGGCGCUGCCCCGCCAAGCAGCUGAUGACGGUGUACAAGGUGGCGGCGUAUGAGGGGGCAGACCAGUUCCUGCAGCUGGUGGCGCAGGCGCGCGGCAAGCUGAAGAAGGGCGGCGCGGUGGACGUGGCGGCGGCGGCGCGCAUCGUGCUGCAGGACUGGAACGACGGCCGCAUCCCGUACUUCACGGUACCGCCGCAGCGGGACAGCGAGGUGGCGGGCUCGGCGCGGGUGGUGGCGGCCUGGGGCUCCGAGUUCGAUGUGGACCAGAGCGCGGCGCUCGCAGGCCUACGCGGCAUGGAGGAGGGCGGCGGCGGCGGUGGCGCUUUCUUCCAGACCGACACGCUGGGCACGGCGUGCAUCGAUCUGGAGGGCCUGAAGCUGGCUGAGGAGGAGGAGGGCGGCAGCGGCAGCGAAGAUGAUGAUGAUGAUGAUGAUGAGGAGGAGGAGGAGGAUGGGGCAGAAGGCAUGAGCGGCAGUGACGGCGAGGAGGAGGCGCGCGGGCCGCCCGGCGGCGAAGCCAUGGACGAGGCGGAGGCGGCGCCGUCGGCCAAGCGGCAGCGCGGCGCGGCGUCGGCCGCACAGAACGUGCAGCUGUUUGCCGAGGCGGGCCAGUUCAACCCGCACGCGGCGCGCGCGGAGCGCAGGCAGCGGAAGAAGGGCAAGCUGAUGCGGCAGGCCGGGGGCGAAGACGGCGGCGGCGGCGGCGCGGCGGCAGAUGAGGAGUAUGAUUUCGAGGCGGACUGGCAGGCGGAGGCGGGCGGCGGCAGGAGCAACCCCUUUGCGCAGCUAGGCAGCGGCAGCGAGGGCGAGGGCGACGAGUGAGGAGGCCUGCGACUUGUGCCUGGCCGGAUCCCACCGCUUGCCUCCGUGCACAAGUACUGGUUGUAAAUGGCUGUGAGC